GGGAAAAAGAAGUUCUUACGAGUAGUGCCGACUAUCAUUCAAAUGCCAUUCAGAAUAAACGUCCAAUACAGCCUAAUCAAUAUCCUAUUCACAUUGAUAUAUUAUCAAAUCAACAUCAAGUCUUGAUGUACAAAUUUUGUUUAAAUGUUGACUACAUUCUGUAUUUAUUAAUCUUGAAUUAUAUAGUGAAACACAUCAGCAAUUGGUAGAACAGUUAGCAGAAUUACAACUUGAUCUAGAAAAAGUCAAAAAAGAAGAGGUUUCUCUUAAAGAAAAACUAACAUGUAUGCAACAAGAGUAUAUAAAAGCAAUAGAAGAGACAGUUUCUUCUAUAGACAGGUCAUCUUUUAUUGAACCACAGAACAAUAGGUAUACACUUGCAGUAAGCGAUGAUACAAAGUAUAUUGAAAGUGAUCGCUUAUUGUCAAUGGAACUCAAUCGAGUCGUUACUCAAUGGCAAGAAAUAUUGAAAAGUGAUCCCAUUGAGGACAGAGAUGGUAGAAAGACGUUAGCAUACGACUUCAAAAGAAAUGAAUUUGAUAUUAUGGAUUUAAUUGCUCAAAUUAAGGGAUUUGAGGCACGUAUACAAUUUCUAAAUCGUGAUAGAGCUAAAUUAAACGGGUUACCACAAAUAUUGCCUAUUCUUAAAUCAGAGACAGAAAAUUACACCUCAGAUAUGAAAGCAGCUACUUUACAGUUAGAGAAAUUAGAAAAGGAUACCAUUCGCCCAAGUCUAGAUGCAUUGGCAGAAUUGAAAAUUAUAUGGCCUUUACAGGAGGACCACUAUAGAAAAGAAUUAAAUAUUUUGGAAAAGUUGUUAGAUGAUAUGGAUAAGGUCUAUAAAACUUCAGUAAAACAAAGGGCUUGUCAGCAACUUGUGUCUUAUAUAUAUGAUUUGAAUCAACAAGGUGAUAUCGACAGACAUAAAACAAUGGAGUUCUUAGUUAAUAAAUUAGAGCUUGAUAUAGCACGAAUAAAUGAAGAAAAAGAGGAUAUAAAGACACUUACUAUGGAGGACAAAGAUAAAAUGUAUUUAGAAAUGAUAGGUCUAUUUCUUGAUGAUUUCUUUAGACAACAUGAUUUAGAAAAUGAUGCAAAGGAGCUUUCUUUGAUUGAAAAGAUUGUAAAGCUUAAAAGCUAUGAAACAGAACUUAAACAAAGAUGGAACGAAGAUUUUGAAUCUUGUAUGGAUGCUGCUAAAGAGCUACAUAAACUACAGGAAAGAUUAUUUAGUUCAUUAUAUUCUCAUUCUUCAGACAAUCAUUUCAUUAUGACUCCAAGAUCAUAUACCACUUUGCAAGAACAGCUUGAAUAUAAAACUCAAGAAUUAACUGCUGAAUUAUCAAAUUUAGAAAAUGAUAUAAAUAAUGAGGAAGAGAAUCAUGUAUGGGAACAAGAAAAGAAGCUUUUUUCUGUAUUCUUCACUGAUCCAGUAAAAUUUGAACAGCUUCAUUCAAACCGUGUAAAUAAAUAACAUAAUUUAAUUAGUUUAUAAAUGAUUAU